AUGGCCGAUCUCACCAGCUUAAUCAAGCAACGGGAAUAUGUCCGACUAGGUGUGAUCAUGCUACAAGAAAGUUGGCUCCACAAUGAAAUUGAGGAUGAGAUAAUACACCUGGAUGGAUUCGCUAGCUAUCACGUCGAUCGUCCUGUUCCUUAUGCCCGACGGGGAGGUGGCGUUAUCAUAAAGGAACGUGCCUUCAAAAUGCAUAAACGAGAUGCGGUGCGCUCUCCUUCCAAAUCCAUUCGGGCUGAACUUCAAAGGCUAAACUCUUUAUACGCCCGUGCUUUGCUUGACAACAAAGGUAGUCGUGAGACCUGGCAAGCCCUCUUGUGUAUCUCUGGCAUCAAAUCCUCACAGCGCUCACCUGCUGCCGUAGACAUAGAUGGUCUGAACCGGAGUUUCAUCAACGACGGAACCGCUUUCACUGCCCUAACUAAUGGAUAUGAAGCAAACACCAUUGGUCCCGUCUCCAACGUUGCACCUGUCGAUAUUUAUAAAGAGUUGUCUCAGUUAAAUCCUCAC